AUGGCCUCCCCAUCGCUACCUCCUAGCAGCACCACCACCCCAAGCUCCGGCAUAGGCUCAGACACCCCACCAGCGGCAAUCGUGCCGGAUGAGGACCCCGGCGUGGACCUCCCGAUGACCAUGUCUGCAUCGGUCAUCCUUACGAACCUGCCUAGGGAUGCUAGUCAGGCGUUGAGUGAGGUCGAGGCAUUGGACAAGGGUAAAGUGACCGUCCGCUUCAAGCCCGUGGGCUCAGCGCCCAUUCUCCGCACUUUGGUCUUCAAGAUCUCGGCUUCCAUGAAGUUCGAAACGGUCGUCAACUUCCUCCGCAAGAAGCUCGACUGCAAGCCUACUGAUUCGGUCUUCCUUUAUGUCAACAGCGUGUUUGCGCCUGGGCUUGAUGAGGGGUUGGGAAAUCUCUUUAGGGUGAGUUCUGUACUACUUCUGGGAACUUCCGGUAACUUCGUUGGAGUGAUGACUGAUACGUGGGAGUAG